AUGUUCUUCUUGUUAUUUCUUCUUUAUUUCAUAGAAGUUCUCUCAACAGUUACUGUUAAAUGUGAAUCGGAAGGAUUAUACUGUGUUAAUGAUACAGCACACAAGAACGACUAUUAUGUAUGUUCUGAGACAUUUCAAGGAUAUCGCCCGUGUUCUCCCGGGACUUCUUGUAUUUACUUUGAUCAGAUUCCGAUCGGUUUCAACCCCUGUGGGAUACCACCACAGUCAUUAAAGUGUACAGAGAAGUCGUGUGAAUCUUCCCAAGACACUAGUGAUGAUCGUUCUGCAGCAAUUGAAGACAAGAGUACUGAUUUAAAAGAGUUAUGUACCAAGAAUGGCUAUUUCUGUGUUGAUGAAGAGAAGAACAAGAACAAGUUUUUGAUCUGUUCUGAUGUCUUCAAAGGGUUCUUGACAUGUCCCAGUGGGAGUGUCUGUGGCUUUAAAGGGGAAGUUCCUUAUACAUCUAGUCCUUGUGUAACCAAGUCGCUUACUCAACAGUCUUCUUCUUCUUCUCAAGUACAAGACACUGAAGUAUCCAAAGAUCCUUCCAAAGACGAUUCUACAAAGAGUCAAGAAGAAACUAUAAAUAAUAGUAUAUGUACUAGUAAUGGUAACUAUUGUGUGCAAGAUGGUAACCAUACCAAAGAGUAUUAUAUUUGUAGUGAUGAGUACAAAGGAUAUGUCUAUUGUCCUGUUGGGACUAUAUGUGGGUAUAUAGGACGAGUCCCUGAUAGUGACUCUCCAUGUGUCUUAGAGUCUUCCAUCUCCGUUGAUACCACCAAAGACAUUUCCACAGACGAUAUAUGUCAGUCUGAUGGAGACUAUUGUGUUUUAGAUGGGCUUCAUGAUUAUAAGUAUUACUUCUGUAGUACUUAUUAUAAAGGCUAUUUACCAUGUCCACUUGGCACUAAAUGUGGAUAUAAAGGUAAAGUCCCUAAUGAAGAAAGUCCCUGUGUCUUACUCGAUAGUUCUAUUGAAGACUCGUCACAACAAAUCGAAAACAAAUACCUCAAUUUUAAGUGCAGGGGAUUGGGACUCUUCUGUAUCAUCGAUGGUAUUCAUAACGAUCAGUACUAUCAAUGCUCUGAACAAUUCAAUGGGACAAGACAUUGCCCUAAAAACACGUGGUGUAAAGGGGAACAAAAAUUGCCAUAUACAGAAAGUCCUUGUGUCUUUCUCGAAGAUAUCACUUGGGAUUAA